AGAAGGAAGCAGACUGAACCCAGUUGUGGACACUGGAGGCAAGCAUGACACUCCUUGCAUCAAUCUGUCUGUCGGUGCUGGUCAUCGUGGUGCCGGGGAAGUCACAGAACGUCGUCACGUUGCCGGGGGAUAUCCUGAUGGGAGGGUUGUUCUCCAUACAGUCAAGUGAAGGCGGCCAGUGUGCCGGCAUCGACCGUGUCUCUGUUCAAAUUCACGAAGCCGUUCGAUGGACCCUCAAGCAACUCAAUCGCCAGAACUUCAUCCCAGGGAUCACCCUAGGUUUGAUGGCCUACAAGACGUGUUCUCUGCCAGCUCUCGCCGUGAAACAGACAUUGGAACUGAUAGAGACAGCUUCCCGCAAUGAAACAUCAUUUCUCUAUGGUAUUCUUGGUCCAGAAACCACAUCAGAAACUCAGCCAGUGUCACGUCUGCUAAGCUCACUUCCGGUAGACGAUCGUCUGCUACAGGUCAGCUACUCAGCCACAGCCGCCAGUCUCACCGAUAAAACUAUCUACAAAAAUCUGUACCGUGUCAUAGUGGCAGACAAUGUCCAAGUGGAGGUCAUGCUGCAGCUAAUUCAACAGUUGAAAUGGAACUAUGUUGCCAUUAGCUACGAGAAUGAUUCCUAUAGCAUUGAAGGUGCAACAGCUUUGAAAGUAGAAUCUGAACGUCGGGGAAUCUGCAUUCCUGUAUUUGAAAUGAUCACUACGACAAGCAGUAUUGUUUCCCUGCGAGAAAAGUUGGACAUCAAGUCAAGCCCUGUUUCAGGGAUGGUGUUCUUCGGACGAAGACAGACUGUCACUCGAGUUUUGGAAUACCUUGAUGAACACCUACUUAAUGAUCAGUUUCAGAUGAUUGUGUCCGAGGCGUUAGCACUGGAACCAUCGUAUCUACAAAACGGUCAGAAUAAUGUAUUUGAUCGAGCAAAAGGGCUUCUUCUACCGACUCCAGUGUAUGAACCAAUACCUGAAUUUACCUCUCACUGGAACACUCUGUUUCAAAAUGCAACAACAUUCCGUGAAGAAGCAAAAGAAAACCAUUGGUUAUCCCUUUACUUCCGGUCUUUGACUGGAUGCGAUUUACGUCCAGAAACUGACAUUAUCAAGUGCUGGAGUGACUCGUCCAACAGCUAUGAAAUCACCCAACAACCUCUCUUUAUUUCCUAUGCAGUUCUAGCCACUGGUGUGAUGGCACAGGUCUUCAAGAACGUCAUCAGUCGGACUUGUGGUGCAGGGAACACAAUAUGCAAUGCCAUGAGAGACGUAUCACAGGGAACCUUAAUUGCAGAAAUUGAAAAGCUGAGACUGAAACCCUCAGAUCUGAUGGGUAGUUUAUUUCCAGGAAGGGGAAACAUAUCCUUCAGCAAAGGCGAGAUGCACCUGUACACUGAGAAGAGCUUGUACGAAAUAUACAACUACAAGAGGAAUCAUACAGAAUUUAACUUUCAUAAGGUUGGCUCUUUCAAUGGAUCACUGAAGUUGUCCCUUGAUCAAAUUCAAUCCUUCGAUAAAUCUGGCAAAAAGGGCAGCCCAGUUCCUGGUAAUUGUCACAAGGGAUACAACUGUCCAGAAUGCCUUAAAGACCCAUUGGAGGAGAUCAUACACAUUAAAGGGGACUAUUAUGUUGUUGCUCUUGUUCCCAUACACAACAGACGAAGCACUGAUGGAGACUCCCUAAACGUCUUCAGGUGUGGCCCCUUAAGGUCAGCUAUAGGUGUAGACAUUGCAGAGGCUUUGAUGUUUGCUACAAAAGAUGUGAACAACAAAACAGGAGAAUUUCCAUCAGUUCUUGGUAACACAUCCAUAGGGUUGGUUGUGCUGGACACAUGCAACAACCCUGUGAUAAUUAGGGAUAAAAUUGUGAAAUUACAUAAAGGUGAACUUCAUCUCGGGGGUGGGGUCCAAAGUUCAGCGAUAAGUGACAAAGUAAUUGGCUACAUAGGGCCAUUAGCGAGUUCGAUCAGCAUUCCACUAGCAUCCACAAUGAAACAACUGGACCAACUGUUUAUAGCCUAUGCCUCUACUAGUUCCAAGUUAAGAGCGAGGAACAAAUACCCAACGUUCAUGAGAACAGCAUCAUCACUGGAUGACCAAGUGCAACCAAUGAUGAAGGUAGCCAAGAAGCUCAGAGCCAAGUACAUCCAGGUGUUGUACACUGAUGAGGCGUAUGGACAGUCUGGUCGGGAUUCUGUCCUGGAAGGAGCUAACAAGGCAGGAGUUUGUGUAGCACAAAGCGUACCAGUGAAAGAAGACAUUGAUCCAAAACGAUAUGUGGGCAUCGUGUAUAAACUGAGACAGUUUAGGGCAGCCAGAAUGGUGAUUGUGUUUUCCCGAUCACACACCACACCAGCUCUGAUGACAGCUGUCAGUGAAGAGAUUAAACUGGGAGAGUUUAUUUUCUUUGGAUCUGGAGAGGGCUGGGCUAGACGGACUAACGUUAUUAAAGGCAACUACAACCUGAAAGGAAGCUUCACCAUGGCUCAGGAUCUUCCAGUUGACCCACAUUUUGAACAGUAUUUUCGCAAUAUCAGCAGCUCUUCCGAUGUAAACCCCUGGCUGAGACCAUUUUUGGAGAAAAGGGCAAACUGUUUCUUUCCAGGCAGUUUUCUGAAAAAGGACAAACAGGAAUGUACUUCCUCACUGCUCUCAAGUCACCAUCAGAUUGACACAUGGGUCCCAUUCGCUACCACUGCCUUGUAUGCCUUGGUCCGAGGUUUCAGAAGCAGCCUUCAUCAUGUCUGUCGAGGGACUGCCACAAAGUGUCCAGAAUACUCAACCUCUGAGCUGAUCCGCUACACCAAAGAUGUUCAGCUGGACGUCUACAGGGACGGCAAACAACGUCGUGUAUUUGAUGAGGGCGGAAAUGGUGCAAGUGGAUUUCGGAUCUCUCAGCUAGUUCCAGGAAUUGGAUCUGAUGACCUUGAAUACAAAGACGUUGGCAUGGCCGCUGGGGACGUCUUCACUUUCAAAAUGGAUGAACAGGACCUGAGAAUUACCUACACUGCAAACUGCCCAAGUCAAUAUGAGUGCGACAAGUGUACAUUUGAAACAACAGCGGGUAUGGCCAGCGGCAUCUCUGUUGAACUGAUGGCGGCUUUAGCAGGGGAAGGAGCAGCUAUCCUUGUUCUGGCUGUGACGGUCAUCGUCAUGUGUGUAAAAUACAGACGCCAAAGGGGGGCGCCCAACAGUGGAGAUAAAGCAGAUACAGAUUAUGACUCCAUUGAUGUCCUGUCUGCCUCAGAGGACAGAGGAAUGUACUUGAGGGCAGUGCCGGAAGCGAGGAGAGAAAGUCUGCCGGCGCAGUAACUAUGCCCUGCUGUUCCAAGACGAAUCUUUGACGAUGGCCCAUUGUCUCGGGGCAAUUGUUAGUGUUUACUGUAAACCAGUACUGUGGCAAUACUAAAACCCAUGUAAUGGUGCCAUGAAGUUUGGAAACGAUACAGAUGUAAGAGACGGUACUCAACUACUGAGUGCAGGCAACAGCGAAAACGCAACGUUUUCUUGUACAUAUAAAUAUUCUCUUAAUAAAACUAUCAAUGCCUUCAACCGAAAUUGACGAUUUUAAACGACUUUCUAGCAGUAUUGCUUAACCCUCAGUUGACCUUGAAGAUACAUUCUGCUUCGAGCAAGACUUGAUCCAGUUGGCAAUACCUGCAAGUUUCAUGUUUAAAUGCUAGCUUGAAUUUCUCUUUCACUGUCAAUGUAUCAAGCAAUGGCGUGUAAUACACUUUACAAUAUCUGCACCAGAGCUCAAGCGGAGACUGGACAAUGUAGAGUCCUUCUUUUUGCGAACACCUGGUGUCAUUAUUACUUGAUUGUGAUUUCUAAGCACAUACUUAUGAUAUAGUCGGAAUCGUACAAUGAGAUGCCCUAUGAUUAUGGAAAGGGUUUUGUAGAUUUUAUUGAAAAAAAUUCAUCUCGUAUGUUUUUUUCUGAUUUACUUAUUUUCUGUUCAAAUCGUUAUUUUUCACAUUUUUUAAAUAUAAAUAGUAAAUGUAACACACAGUAUAGUCGUAUCACUGAAUCGGAGAGCACAUCUUCACUCACAUACUGAACUUUCUAUAUUAAGCAGUCAUUCUUCAAACACCUUAAGCAGUUUGAGUCGUUAGCGAUAAUUUGAUUGAACGAUGGGGAUCGGAUUAUUUAAAUCAUGGAACGCGUGCGUCGCUAUAAAUUUUGUUUUACUGACUUACAUACAGUAAACUACAGUUAUAACGAACUUAAAGGGACCACUAAUUUUAGUUCGUUGUAGCCGUAGUUCGUUAUA